GUGCCGCCAUGUCCCGGCGGAACGGCCCGGCCGGGGCCGAGCUGAACGCGGAGCGGGAGAAAAUCCGCCGCGAGAUCGAGGAGCUGGAGCGCAGCCUGCGGCUCGACGUGACCGGCGGAGAUGUGGCCGUGUCGGACUCCAGCCUCAGCUCGGACGAUGCUGAAGGUGACAGCUCGGAUGUCCAAGCAGAAAUGGAAGUGGGAAGAGAAGAGGACAGUAGCGACGAUGAUCUUGAAAGCAGUCUGCUGGAAGAUCCAGAAACGUGUCUGCAGAUGAAUUACGUGUAUCAGGAAGUUAUCCAGGAAAAGAUGGAGGAAGUAGAGCUUCUGAUUGCACAAAACAAAGAGCAGCAGAAGGAAAUCUUGUGGGAGCUCGAUGGCAGAAAAACAGCAAGGACAGGAGAUGGUAGAAAUUUACCAUCAAACAUAUUUCUGGGCCAUUUUAUGAAGCCAUACUUUAAGGACAAGACAACAGGAAUAGGCCCUCCUUCCAAUGAAGAUGCCAAGGAAAAGGCAGCUCAGGGCAUAAAAUCCUUUGAACAACUGCUGUCAACAAAAUGGAAAAGCAAAGAGAAGGUAUUACUGCAGAAGUCAGUUGUGAGUGACCGCUUGCAGCGCCUGCUACAGCCCAAGCUACUGAAGUUGAGUUAUUCGAAUCAGAAACUGGAAAAUGUCAAGACUGAAAUGGAGAAACAGAUCUUGGAAAAGCAAAUCAAAGAAGUGGAACGGGAAAUAGAGGCAAUUAACCAACUUCCAGAAAGUGACUUGUUAGGAGACAGGUUUGAUGAGCACGACUGGGAGAAGAUUUCAAACAUUCAUUUUGAUGGACGGCGCAGCUCAGAAGAACUGAAGAAGUUUUGGCAAAACUGGGAGCAUCCAAGCAUCAACAAAAAUGAAUGGACAGAGGAGGAAACGGAGAGGCUGAAGGAUAUUGCUGCUAAACACGGUUACUUGGACUGGCAGACUGUAGCCCAGGAACUGGGGACAAACAGGACGGCUUUUCAGUGCUUGCAGAAAUACCAAGCCUACAACAAAGACUUGAAAAGGAAAGAAUGGACCAGAGAUGAAGAUAAGAUGCUUUUAGAGCUUGUUCAAGAGAUGAGAGUGGGAAGCCACAUCCCUUACAAGAAAAUUGCCUAUUACAUGGAAGGAAGAGAUUCUGCCCAGCUGAUUUAUCGAUGGACAAAGAGUGUGGAUCCCAGCUUGAAGAAAGGGCCCUGGACACCAGAGGAGGAUGCUAUGCUGUUGGCUGCAGUUGAGAAGUAUGGAGAGCGUGACUGGUAUAAAAUUCGGACAGAAGUACCAGGCAGGAGUGAUGCUCAGUGCAGUGACAGGUACUUAAAAGCAUUGCACCGUGAUGUAAAGAAAGGCAAAUGGAGCUUAAAGGAAGAAGAGCAACUGAUUGAUCUGGUGCAGAAGCACGGCCUGGGUCACUGGAGUAAAAUAGCUGCUGAGCUGCCACAUCGGACUCGCUCGCAGUGCCUGAGCAAAUGGAAGAUCAUGAUUGGGUCGAAGAAACGGUCCAGGUCGGUGAAACGUCAGCAUAGAGAGGAGAGCUCCAGCUGUUCAGAGAGCAGCAGUGAAGAUGUAGAACUGGACUUAUCAGACACUUCUGAGGAGGAGAAGACGAGUAAGGAGGAAUGCACCUUUCCCAGCAUUGAUCUGUGGAUCCCAACACAAGCAGAUGUGCCGGAGUCGUGCCAAGGAAGGCACCAAAAUUCAUCUCCUUUCUCUUUUGGGAGUGUUAAUGCAAGGACCAGCAGCAGUAAAAUUCCACAUGCAAGGUGUGAAGGAGCUGAGGAAGGAGUUACUAAUAAAGCAACAGAACUGAGCACCAUCCUGAGGGGCUUGGCACGGCCCCAUUCCACGGACAUCACUGUGAAGAAUCCCAUAGAAGAGAUUAACAAGGCUUCCAGGUGUGGGAAGCAAGUGCUGCGGGUUACCCUGGAGGAUGUGAGAAGAGUGCUGAGAGAAAACACGUGCUUCCAGAGGAGACUUCAAUCGAAGCUCACAAUGUCUGCUGCUGCUUUGGCAAAGACGUCUGGGGUUGGUGCAUCUGCUGCUGAGAAGCACAGGGGGCUGUGGAACACGGUGGGGAAAACUCGUUGUCAAGAGAGGGCAAGAUGGAGGAAAAUGAACCUUGACAGGAAGCUCCUCAUGGCCGUGACACCUUGGGUGGGCGACGUGCUGCUGCCUUGCACCUCGCGAACUGGGAAGAUGGCUUUUGAUCAAACAAAAGCUUAUUCUAUUCAACAGAAGCUCAAGUCGGUCAGUCUCUCCAGCACUCCUCUGUUCACACUUUUCAUUCAGCUCUUUCGGAUUGACACCAAUGGCUGCAUGAAGAUCAUUCGGGAGAGAAGGGCUGAUGCAGUCAGGCCUCAGCAGGCUUCCCAAAACUCGGAGUCUUCUUCAGGCAAUGCAUCGCAGCCUGCUCCCAAGAGGCAGACAGCUCCUCCAGUUCUCCCAUCUAUUCCAGCUCCUCUAGCCCAAGCUCAAAGGCAGAAGCCUAAAACUGUCUCAGAAUUGCUGAGAGAGAAGCGGCAGAUGGAGAAGCAGCUAAAAGAGAAAGCUGUGCAGACAAAAGUAUUUGUUGCCCCGCAGGUGAUGCUUUCAGGGCCUUUGAUAAUCCAGCACCCACCACAGCCAGUGAUUCCUUCUGCACAAGUGGAGAGCAAACCUGGAGCAGUUGGCUCUACAGCCAGCCACGUACAACAUGUGCCAGCUGCCCCGCCAGCGUUUACUUCUGUUGCUGGUUCUGCUUCUACCCCUGUCGUGCUUGAAAACCAUUCUCCAUCAGUGUCAAAAGCUGGGGAGAGCCCUCGUUCCUCACAAGAGACAAAAGUACAAUCUAGUAAGGAACUAAACGAGCAAGCUCCACAAAAUACCCCUGAAAGAGGAGUUUUUCCAAGCCUGAAUCCAGGUGCAGCAGGAAAGGCCCCAGAUCAAGGAGGGUGCAGCAGUCAGGUCCUAGCUGGUAGCUCAGCUCCAGUAGUGUUGCAAAAUCAAGCUUUUGUGCCACAUCGAGUUACGGUGGUGCCUUUUGGCAUAGAGUCUGGCAACAGCAAACUGUCUCUUCCCACACCAGUUACCUAUGAACUGAAUCGUCCUGGGCCAGUCAAUCUAUUGCCUGCUCUUCUAGCUCCACAGCCCGGCUCCCGUUUGACUCCUGACAGCGUGCUGCCUCUCACAUGGAUUGUAACGCAGCAGGCUUUGCUCUCCAGUGCUGUGCAGGCCGUUGUGGGUGUUCCCCAAGGUCUGCAAGCUGCUAUUGUGAGGAGUCAAAGUCAGGCAAGUGUGACAUCCAGUGGCAAUGUCUGUGGUUUAGGAGUGCCUCCUGCAUCCUCUGGAGUAAAUAUGCCUCAGCCAAGCCAUGCAGAGACAAAAACAAAUCCCCAGUUAGCUUCAGGGAGCCCAGCAGGAAAGACAGCUGGUGUAAACCAUUCUGCAAGUGUCUUCCCCGUGAGCUCAGCCAGUCCUGUGUGCAGCAUAUCUGGCGUUUCUUCUGCUACAUCUGCACAUUCAGACGGUUCCUCUAAGGCUGUUGAUCCUUCUGCAGCUCAGAAUGCUCCUCCAGGUGGUGCACCAACCCCGCAUGCUCAGCUGCUGCCCCAGAUGCAGCCACCUGCAAGCACUCAGGGAUCUGAUUCCCACUGUGUGACGGGUGCUGUUAGCUUGGGAGAAAACCAGGACUCAUCUACAAAUGGAUCAUCUUCCAACUCGAAUGUCCUUAAUAAAGGGGUUGUGCUCCAGGCAGGAGCUUCAAUUCCUCAUGACAGUGUUGCAGGAAAUCCUGAAGGCUCAGCUGAGCAGGCAUUGAAGUACAGACCUAUUGCCUCCAAACCACCCCCUGCACAGGCUGCGAGUGCUCCAGCCCAGCCAACCACUUCUAGUGCCGAAAAGACUCUUCUUGACUAUAGCCUGAUUUCCUUUGAAGAUGAGGAGCUGGUGAAGGAAUGGCUGAGUGGGAAGCAAGGUGUCCAGGUACCACCACUGCAAACCAGGUUGCCUUAUUUCCCACCUUUUUUGUGCAACUUAAAAACUCUUUCAAAGCUACUUCUGCAAAAGGCAGCUCUGGAAAAACAGGCAGCACGUCUUCUGUCCCCUGAUGGCAGUCAGACUGAGGGUGAGGUGGACUUGAAUGCUAUCACAGAACUGGUGCAUGAGAAACUGGGUGAUGACCCUGCUUUUCUCCUGCUGAAAGCCCGCUUUCUAGCAGCCUUUACGCUCCCUGCUGUACUAGCAACUCUGCCUCCUCCAAAAGUGGCAACAACUCUGUCAGCCAGCAGGAGGGAAUAUGGAGAGAGUGAUGAAGAGGAGUGGCAGAGCGAGGAGGAGGCGUCUGAGGAUGAGAGCGGUGGGGAUGAAUUGGAUGCACGGUCGGAUGGAGCAGGUGGUGAUGAGCCUGGAGACAGAGAUGCUGAUUUUCCAGAUAAGGGCAUGGAAACCGAAGAGGUUGCUGCACAGUCCAUCGUGGGCACCUGCACUGAUGGGACUGCCAGCAUUCCUCAAAUCAGGAGAAGUUUGCGCAUCAGGAAAAGGUUCAGGAAAAGGAGGAGGCUGUGAGGAGGAGCCACUUGAAGGAGGUCUGCCCUGCAGCAGGAGAUGCCCUUUGCACUGCUCACUUCUCACACUUGCAACAAGCUGACCAGGCAGAGCUGGGGGGCAGAGGGAAACAUCCAGGCUGGUUUCCCCACCACCAAAAAAAGUCUGCUCAUUUAGACAAGCUGCAAGUAAUGAAACAGAACUGCUGGAGGGGUGUUUUUUAGGCACAGAGCAAUUCUGCUCUCUUUCAGCCUAGCAUUUGCCACGAGUGCUGCGGGGUAACAAUUGUUGGGGACCUGGGGAAGCCAGCAAUGAUGGUUAUUUCCUUGCUGUGCUCCCCCCUGUUUAUGUGAAUGUUUAUCUGUGUUCAGAAUAUGUGGUUCAUUGAAUGUUUUUUUUUUUAAUGCUGUAAUGAUGUUUUGUUUGACAGCUGACUGAAUGCUGCUCAGUAAGAAGCAGGUUAAUAUUUUAUCAAAUGAGUCUCGAGUACUGGUUGAAAUACAGAUGUUUAUUUUUCUCAUUUA